AUGUCAAUGAACAGCAGGAAAAGUUCUGGGAGACCGUCUUACUACUAUGGACUGCUCCGGAGGUCACGACUUCAGAGGCAGCGCAGCAGAUCCCGGAGCCGGAACAGGCCGCUCAGUAGGGAGUCGCCCCCGGAGCGGUGCGGGCAGCGGCGCAGCAUGCCCAGUGGGGGCACUGAGAGGAAUCCCCCCAUGGAGCCCCCUGCCACCACGCCCUUCCGGGUCACCGGGUUCCUCAGCCGUCGGCUUAAAGGCUCCAUCAAAAGGACAAAGAGCCAACCGAAGCUCGACAGGAACAGCAGCUUCCGGCACAUUUUACCUGGCUUCAGAAGUGUGGACAAUGAAAGAUCCCAUCUAAUGCCGAGGCUGAAAGAGUCGCGCUCCCACGAGUCCUUGCUCAGUCCCAGUAGUGCUGUUGAGGCUCUGGAUCUCAGUAUGGAGGAAGAAGUGGUCAUCAAGCCAGUCCACAGCAGUAUCUUGGGACAAGACUAUUGCUUUGAGGUGACGACUUCAUCAGGAAGUAAAUGCUUCUCCUGUCGUUCUGCAGCAGAGCGAGAUAAAUGGAUGGAAAACCUGCGCCGUGCCGUGCACCCCAAUAAGGACAACAGCAGAAGGGUAGAGAAUAUGUUAAAGUUAUGGAUUAUUGAAGCCAAGGACCUGCCAGCUAAGAAAAAGUACUUGUGUGAAUUAUGCCUGGAUGACGUUCUUUAUGCACGAACUACCUGUAAAUUAAAAACUGAUAAUGUAUUUUGGGGGGAGCACUUUGAAUUUAAUAACCUCCCAUCACUCAAAAACAUUACGGUGCACUUAUACAAAGAGACUGACAAGAAGAAAAAGAAGGACAAGACCAAUUUCAUUGGGCAAGUGAACAUCCCCGUCAGCUCGGUCACGGGCCGGCAGUUUGUAGAGAAGUGGUACCCAGUGGUGAGCCCCAACCCCGGGAAGGGCAAGUCCCCGGGGCCCAUGAUCCGCAUCAAGUCCCGCUACCAGAGCAUGAGCAUUCUUCCCAUGGAGAUGUACAAGGAGUUUGCUGAGUACAUCACUAACAAUUACAUGGUGCUGUGCUCAGUGUUGGAGCCCUCGCUGAGCGUGAAGAACAAAGAGGAGAUGGCGUCUGCGCUGGUGCACAUCCUGCAGAGCACGGGCAAGGCCAAGGAUUUCUUGACUGACCUGAUGAUGUCUGAAGUUGAUCGCUGUGGUGAGAAUGAGCAUCUCAUUUUCAGGGAGAACACACUGGCCACCAAAGCAAUUGAAGAAUACCUGAAGCUGGUGGGGCAGAAAUACUUGCAAGAUGCCUUAGGGGAAUUUAUCAAGGCACUGUACGAAUCAGAUGAAAAUUGUGAGGUGGAUCCCAGCAAGUGUUCAUCUUCAGACCUUCCUGAACAUCAGAGCAACCUGAAGAUGUGCUGUGAGCUGGCCUUCUGCAAGAUCAUCAACUCCUACUGUGUCUUCCCAAGGGAACUCAAGGAAGUUUUUGCCUCAUGGAGACAAGAAUGCAGCAACCGAGGCCGCCCAGACAUCAGCGAGCGCCUGAUCAGUGCCUCCCUGUUCCUGCGGUUCCUCUGUCCGGCCAUCAUGUCCCCGUCCCUCUUCAGCCUCCUGCAGGAGUACCCGGACGAUCGCACUGCACGCACUUUGACCCUCAUUGCCAAGGUCACGCAGAACCUGGCCAACUUUGCCAAGUUUGGCAGCAAAGAGGAAUACAUGUCCUUCAUGAAUCAGUUCCUGGAACAUGAAUGGACUAACAUGCAGAGAUUUCUCCUGGAGAUUUCCAAUCCUGAAACCAUCUCGAACACAGCUGGCUUUGAAGGCUACAUUGACCUGGGCCGGGAACUGUCCACUUUGCACUCACUGCUCUGGGAAGUCAUUUCUCAGCUGGAGCAGGGCAUUGCAGCAAAACUUGGGCCUCUGCCUCGGAUCCUGAGGGAUGUCAACGCUGCGCUCAGCAACCCGGCCUGCGUGCAGGUCUCGGUCACAGCCGAUCACCCCGCGUCCACGCCCGGCGCUGGGAACAGCAUCUCUGCAGGGCUGCAGAAAAUGGUGAUAGAGAAUGACUUAUCUGGUCUGAUAGAUUUCACACGGUUACCAUCUCCAACCCCUGAAAACAAGGACUUGUUUUUUGUCACAAGGUCUGCUGGGGCCCAACCCUCACCGGCCCGAAGCUCCAGUUACUCAGAGGCCAAUGAGCCCGACGUGCAGAUGUCUAAUGGCAGCAAGAGUUUGUCCAUGGUGGACUUGCAGGACAAUCGGCUCUUGGACAGCGGGGCCAGCGUGCCCGGCACGGCCGAGUCCCUCAAUGACAGCCAGUCCUCCCUGGGGCAGCUGCAGGGCGUGUGGGCCGCGCGGACUCAGCAGAGCAGCGCGGCGGGCAUGGCCACGGUGCGCCGGGCGGGCCACACGCCCCCCACGCCCAGCGGCGACGGCGCGCCCGGCCGGCCCCAGCUCCUGGCACCCCCCUCCUUCCAGACACCCGUCUACCAGGCCCCUUCUCCUGUGAACCCCAAUGCCCUGGACCGCACUGCUGCUUGGCUUUUGAAUAUGAACAUGCAGUUUUUAGAAGAUGAAAGCAUUGACCCAGAUUCCAAGCACAGGGAUAAGCUCAGGAAUAAGGACGAGCUCAGCCAAGCAGAAAAGUACCAGCAGGACUUAGUGCUGCUGCAGGACAAGCUCCGCAUCUCCAACAAGAAGCUGGAGGAAUACGAGACUCGCUUCAAGUGCCAGGAAGAGACAACACAGAAGCUGAUGCUGGAGUACCAGGCCAGGCUGGAGGAGAGCGAGGAGCGGCUCCGCAGGCAGCAGGAGGACAAGGAGAUCCAGAUGAAGGGCAUCAUCAGCAGGUUGAUGUCAGUUGAGGAGGAGUUAAAGAAGGAUCAUGCAGAAAUGCAGGCUGCUGUGGACUCCAAGCAGAAGAUUAUCGAUGCACAGGAGAAACGCAUCGCUUCCCUGGACGCUGCCAACGCACGGUUAAUGAGUGCCCUAACGCAGCUGAAAGAGAGGUACAGCAUGCAGACACGUAAUGGGAUCUCCCCCACAAACCCAACCAAAUUGCAGAUUACAGAGAAUGGAGAAUUCAGAAACAGCAGUAAUUGUUAACCUGCCGAGGGCGCUGCCGCGGGAGGAGGCCCGGGGACCGUGCAGCAGGAGAGCCGCGGCUUCCGAGAACGG